AUGCCACCGUCAGCGUCCUCAGUGGAUUUUUCCAAUCUACUGAACCCGCAAUCCGACUCUCCUGCAGAGUCCCCUGAGAAAACAGAAACAGCUUCGCCUGCUACCGCCGGUACAGACUCAAAUUCAGACAAGGAAAUGGCUUCGUCCGUCAGUCUGCUGCCGCCGCUCAUGAAGGGCGCCCGCCCCGCCGCCGAGGAGGUACGACAGGAUCUUCCCCGUCCAUACAAGUGUCCUCUUUGCGAUCGUGCCUUUCACCGUCUCGAGCAUCAGACUCGUCAUAUCCGAACUCACACCGGCGAGAAACCACAUGCUUGUCAGUUUCCCGGUUGCACGAAACGAUUCAGUCGCUCAGAUGAAUUGACUCGUCACUCCCGCAUUCACAACAACCCAAACUCGAGGCGGAGUAACAAGGCUCAGCAUAUUGCUGCCGCCGCAGCCGCGGCGGCUGGUCACGAUUCGGGUAUGCUCAAUGCCGCAGCUUCGAUGAUGCCCCCUCCCAGUAAACCCAUUACUCGGUCCGCUCCGGUAUCUCAAGUUGGCUCGCCCGACGUGUCUCCUCCACAUUCGUACACCAACUACACCUCGCAUUUGCGUGCCGGCUUGGGCCCUUACCCGCGCAACAGCGACCGCGCUUCGUCCGGUAUGGAUAUUAACUUGCUCGCGACUGCCGCCUCGCAAGUCGAACGUGACCACUACGCAGGAUCGUCUCGCCACUACCCCUUUAGCUCUCGAUACUCGGCUACACCCGGUCGUCUGCCGUCACUCUCUGCCUAUGCGAUUUCGCAAAGUAUGAGUCGGUCGCAUUCGCACGAAGACGAAGACAAUUACGGACAUCCCCGUGUCAAGCGUUCGCGUCCUAAUUCACCAAACUCGACUGCGCCCUCUUCGCCUACCUUCUCUCACGACUCGCUGUCGCCUACACCCGACCACACUCCUCUCGCAACACCAGCACACUCACCUCGACUACGUCCAUACACUGCUGCUGAGCUGCAACUCCCGUCGAUCCGUCACUUGUCAUUACACCACACCCCCGCGCUGGCGCCUAUGGAGCCUCAGGCCGAGGGUCCCAACGUCUACAAUCCCAGCCAACAGCACGGCGGACCCCGCAUCAGCGACAUCAUGAGCAGACCCGACGGCACGCAACGCAAACUCCCUGUUCCGCAAGUCCCCAAGAUCCCGGUACAGGAUAUGUUGAAUCCGAACGGCUACUCAUCCAGUACUCCGUCCGUCAACGGAUCACUCAUGGACAAUGAACCAUUAACGGAAUAG